CGUUUUUAGACCAAUUCUACGGAAACGUGAUAAAUCCCCAAUCCAUUACAUACACAAAGCUCGUGUUCAUCAACUUCCCUCUGAAAAAUAGGAAGAAGAAAGCCUCGGAUCUGCUGCAUUCUCUCCAAAGCUCGAGUCAGGUCCUUCUCUCACAAACCGAAAGAAAACCUUUUUAUCGUCUCUUCAUUUACUUUUCUCGUCGAUUCAUUCAUUAUAUAACUUAAGAUUACCUUAGAACUUUGCUACUUGAUAUUCAAACAUGUCGUCGUCUGAGAUAAACAAGAACGAGGUUGACAUUGUCAUCGGAGCUCUCAACGCCGACCUAACCCAGUUCCUCAACAGCUGGAGACCCUUUUUCUCCGGUUUCCAUCUCAUCAUCGUCAAAGACCCUGAGCUCAAGGACGACCUCAACAUCCCUGAAGGCUUCGACGUUGACGUCUACUCCAAGCCCGACAUUGAGAAAGUUGUCGGAGCCGCCAAUGCCGCCAUGUUCUCAGGCUAUUCCUGCAGAUACUUCGGUUACCUCGUAUCUAAAAAGAAGUACAUCGUCUCCAUCGAUGACGACUGUGUCCCUGCCAAAGACCCCAAGGGAGUUCUAGUGGAUGCUGUCUCUCAGCACGUGAGCAACCUCGAGAACCCCGCCACGCCUCUCUUCUUCAACACCCUCUACGAUCCUUACUGCGAGGGAGCUGACUUCGUGCGUGGGUACCCGUUCAGCCUUAGGAGCGGUGUCCCUUGCGCUGCCUCCUGUGGACUUUGGCUUAACUUAGCUGAUCUUGACGCUCCAACGCAAGCUCUCAAGACAGAGCAGAGGAACACUUCCUACGUUGAUGCGGUUAUGACUGUCCCCCUGAAGGCUAUGUUGCCCAUAAGCGGGAUCAACAUUGCCUUUAACCGUGAGCUGGUGGGACCAGCUUUGGUGCCUGCGCUUAGGAUCGCUGGUGAAGGGAAAGUGAGGUGGGAAACGCUUGAGGAUGUUUGGUGUGGGAUGUGUCUGAAACACAUCUCUGAUCAUUUGGGGUACGGUGUGAAAACCGGGCUGCCUUAUGUGUGGAGGAACGAGAGAGGUGAUGCGGUGGAGAGUUUGAGGAAGAAGUGGGAAGGGAUGAAGCUGAUGGAGAAGAGUGUUCCGUUUUUCGAGGCUUUGAAGUUGCCUGAGAGUGCGGUUAACGUUGAGGAUUGUGUGGUUGAGCUUGCUAAAGCUGUGAAAGAGCAGUUGGGUUCGGAUGAUCCUGCCUUCACUCAAGCUGCUGAUGCUAUGGUCAAGUGGGUCCAACUCUGGAACUCUGUUAACUCGAGCGGUUAAAGUUGAAUCUAUAUCUCCCGAGGUUAGGUUCCUUUUCAUCACUUCUAAGCUUAUUUAAUAUCAUGUUAUCAUCAUGUUUAUUUCUCUUUUUUCUUUUUCUAAUUAUAAGCAUGUUUUUUAUGAGACUUUUCAAUAAUGUAAACCUUGACUGAUGAAACACAUCUCUUGUUAGUUUUGGAUGAUGAUAAUAUCUAUCUUUUUCUUCUGGUU